AUGAUUUUUUACAUACUUCCCUCUCAUACCUUGAGCUAUAUUAGCGAAUUAUAUCCACAUCACUAUACUUACCUAUCUGGCCUGACAGAUAUGGGAGGUGGCCAUUCCUACUUAUACAUAGAUCUUGAUAAGCAUGGAGAAAAAUACCAUCAUAAUCACUAUAAUAUUAAAUUUCAGGAAUCAAAUUUUUCUAAUGAUUAUGAGGUAAAAAAGUAUACGAUUGAGUUUAUAGGGGACUACAAAACCUACUCGUGGUUGAACAGAGAUCGCUAUUAUUUAUAUUUAAGAUUUGAACAGGGAAAGGAUCCCUUUUUCACUUACUAUGUCAGCAGAGCUCAUCAUGUACUCAAAGGGGUCGAGUUUUAUUACUCAAAACAGCACCGCACGUUUCCACUAAUUAUUGGUUUUGUGACAUCCGAUGCCAGACAGUACUAUUCUCUGUUCUAUUUGACUAGGAUUAAAUCUUCUUAUGGAUUCCCUCCAGAACAUUUUUCUUCAUACGAAGUAAGCAGUAAGCUAAUCGAGGAAGAUAAUAUUAGUAACAGAAUAAAGCUUAUAUUGGAGCCUCAUAAAAACCAAAAUUACAGACUUCAGACUUCUAGGCCAACCCGUGACUUUAAGAAAUACUCAUAUACUCCCAAGCCUAGGAAUAUCAAUGAGAGCUUUGCAGUCUCCAAAGAAGUUCUGUUUUGGUUGGACAGAAACAUCGACUACAGUUUUUUGUAUCCUUAUAACUUAAAAUACUUUGAUUCCAUCAAUGUGUACUACUCUAAUGCCAACACUGCCCUUUUUGUUCUGUUAAUUAACAAUGCCUCCAAAACUGGCUUCUCCCGAAAGGAUAAAAAUGGUUUUUGGUGGCAGCGAAUAGAUGGUGUGGAUGAAAAUUCCCUCGAUAGAAGAAUCAAGGAAGCACUGUCUGAUUACGUCAAAAACACUAGCUUUCUUUUCAUUCUUGAUAGGAAGGUCGGAUACAAUAAUGUUACUGUCUAUGGUGAAGACUUAUUAGCCAAGUACUACACAAUUUAUAACCAUCAUCCCAUUAAACAGGCAAGUGCUUCCAAUCCUAUUUUACUUUUAAAUGGAGACAAAAUUAAAGUGACCAAUGAUAAAACUUACAGUAGAGUCGACGGUAUCACUACUUAUUUCUUGAAAAAUAAGGACGGCCUUGAAGACACAACACCUUUCUUAAUCGUUGUCGAGGAGUUUGUAGGUGGAAGUGCCCAAUUUACUUAUUACUCUAAGAAUAGUUAUGAGGAAGAAAACUGGAUAAAGUUGCCUGUGAGCGACGAGAUUGACGAAGUACUGAGGAAAAUAGGUUCAACUCCACCUAUCACCGAGAGGUUUUAUAGACUUCGUAAUCAGGCUUUUUUUCAAAUAAAAAAUCUAAAGAUUCAGCCAACUAUAAAACCUGAUGUCGUGUCAGGAAGAGAUGGUAGUUAUUCCAGUAAACCUCCACCUGGUGCAUUACCCAGAUCAUCUGAUGGUCGUGGUGGUUCGAGUAGUCAACUUACUAGGGUCCAACGUCCUCGUCCUAGGCCUCGUCCUGCUCCUCGACCUACUAUACAACCAGCUAAGGAAACUCCUCCCGAACCAGGUUCAGUUCAACGUCUGGAAGUUCCAGUUGAGUCUAAAUAUGAAAAGGCCCAUGCUCCUGAAGAGGCUUCGGCUCGCAAGGCUUCUCCAAGUCCUUCACGAGCCACAUCUUCUUCGACAUCUACAUUAACUCAAUCAAGACAAUCCGGCACAAAUGAUUUGAGAACGUCUGGCCAUACUGAGUCAGGGUCAUCUGUUUCAACUGGCCAAGGACAUGAGGCUAAAGCCAAGUCUCCACAGCUUCCGACUCAAAAGGCUCAGGAUUUGCCUGCACCUCCUUCACCACCAGCGACUCCCCCUAGAGCACAUGUACAAACUGCUGCACCUUCACAUGGAGGACAUACUGAUCUCAGAGGAGAGAAGGGAACUAGAUCACAUGACACACAUACACAAUAUGAGGAACCCCCUGGACUAAGGGUUGAUCAAGAAACCCAUAGUUCGGUUGAAAAUAGACUCAUCGAUCAGUCGCUUACUCGUUCUAGUUCCCCUCUAAAACCUCUAUCAGAAAAACAAACUCAUGAUAAACAAAAAGACGAUGACCAGACCGCUACAAACAUUAAAAUUGUCGGUGGUGUUGCAACCACUGCAAUUGGAGCCGGCUCCAUUGGCGCUGGAGGUUAUUACGCCAAUGGAGUCAUUAGCCUUAUGCAAUGGCUCGUCUGA